AUGGGAUAUAAGAUAUAUUCUAACUCUGACUUAGUUCAAACAGUAACAUGGGCAAACUAUGAAUGGUUCGCUUUGAGAAACUCAGUACAACCACAAGCUAGAGAACAAACAGACCAGUAUGCAAAUAUUGAGAAAAUAAGAAGACUUGACCCUAACGUUCCAGGAGUUUAUGUUAACCUUUCUGGUUCAGAUGGAACUGCUGCCACUAAAGUAAAACUGAAACUUAGAGUUCCUUUGUCAUCUUUCCUCAUCUUCAGGUUUUUAAGAUACUUGCCAAACUGGGCAGGAAAAAUUUCUAUCGAACUUACUCCAAGCAAAAAUAACUUAGUCAUUGCACCAACACAAGACCCAUUCAGCAUUACUGUAGCUGGAACUGGUGGAGCCAAGUUCUGUGACUUUUGCAAAGACAAAGUUGACUUAGACUUUGGUUUCUCAAACUUCAACAAUGAAGUAAACUAUUAUUUCAAUGCUGCUGGAACUGCUUGGGACCCAGUUAAGUUUACAUGCGAAAAAUUUGAAUGCAAGAGAAUAGAAAGCAGACUUGCAGUCUAUAUGUUGGACCCAGAUAUUUCAAAUGCUUUAGCUGCCAAAUAUAUUGCAGUUCCACUUAUGUUCCCUAUACACCAAAUAUCUGUCAAAGACUUUGCAGGUGAAGUUGGAAACCAAAGUGCUGACCCAGGUGCAAGAACAGAUAUUGCUUUAACAACUGCAAUGAAACAUGCAGAUACUAUGUUUGUACUGUUCAGACGAACUAUAAAUGACUAUUCUUGUUUCUACAACCCUGGUAUUAAAUAUCAUAUAA